CCCACAUUUCCCUCGUUGGAGCUCGAAGAGCAUCUUUAGACAUUGCUGAACGAGGACAGCCAACACCGCGUACUACUCGAUCCUAAGACACCACGUCAAUGUGCUUCCCAAUCCAUAGAAGACCCGUUUCACACCACACGACUUCCUACGAGGAUCACUCUCAAAAUAGACGUAGAAACUCCCGUCAGGGGGGGUCCUUCCAACAGGGCGUGGAGGCUGCACACCGCAAUGCCAAUAGAUCCCGGGAUGGAACACUAGAGUCGCUGCCACCCUCCCCGGGAGAGGCACCAUCUUGUCCAGAUCCUCCACGUCAAUCACCACAACGGCACGGAACAUACCAUUAUCAAGAGGGGGCCCCUCCUCCGCCUGUGUCGGAGCCAUACGGGAAUCGUCCCACCAGGAGACGUGACCGACACGCACCUGCUCCACGAUAUGUAGAGACUGGGCCCAAGUCCUUCGUGAGCGUCGAUAUUUCGCAGUUACGUCUUGAUUGGCGCUCGUCAGGCCGAAGCGCCAAUCCCCGCAAAAAAAAGCAUUUUCACACCAGGAAGCGCUAGGACGCGGUAGAAGACUUAUAUAGGGCGGUCAAUAGCUGUUUGCGCACAUUUCUCGACUAUUUAUAGUCUUUCAUAAGCGAUCUGUGAAAUAUCUUAAGAGUAGUGUGGGCAGAGAACUGACCGAACCUCC